GUUGUUGAAAAGCCAAUUGCCUGGAUCAUGAGUGCAACAUGGGCAGAUAUUCAACGCUUAGCCGCUGAUUUUCAACGUUUGCAGCUAACCAGUGAGUCUAAGAAACUUUCGGAAAACAACUGUAUUGAAGUGAUAUCGAUGUUAGUCAGCUCUGGGGAUCUGGAUAUUGUUUUUACAACAGAUGGCAAAGAAUAUGUUACUCGAGAUCACUUACUCACUGAAAUCAAAAAUGAAUGUUUCGGACAAGGCAGAGGACGUGUAUCACUCUCAGAUUUAGCUCAUACCUUAAAUGUCAAUUAUGAACACAUUGAGCAUAUCGUACCUCUCAUCUUGAAACAAUCUUCAUCUUUUGUGUUUUAUAAUGCUGAGUUAAUAUCCAAGGAUUAUGUUAGUGCACUCUGCAAUUCAUUGAAUGAACGGUUGCUGAUAACUGGUGUCGUUUCUAUAUCGAAGCUAGCAAAAGAAUGGGACUUGCCAACUGAAAUGCUAAAUGAUUUGAUACUACAUGAAAUUGGAUCAAAAGUGGAGGCUACAUUUGAAGCUGAUGCGCUGUAUACGCGGUCCUACUUAUGCGGCCAGCGAAAUGUGAUUAAGGCCAUGCUUUGUGGAGUGACCAAAGUGAUACCAGUGGCUAAAAUGCUGUCCAAAUUGGGAUUAACAAGUACAAUGUUUUGGUUCCUUUUCGAUCAACUUGAUGCAGCAAAUGAGGUACCAGGAAAAAUUAUUGGUUCCCGUACUUCUAUCCAUUCUUUGUAUCAGCCAAAUAUUUAUUCAGUUUUAGUAAAACAGUAUAUACGCAAAACCUUCUUAGAAGAAGGAAUAUUACAGUGUUCAAUGUUCAAAAAAUUUCUGAUAACAGAUCCUAAAGCUUAUCUCAAAGAUGUGUUGGAAGAGUCAGAGUAUUUGAAAAUUGUUCAUUUUCCAUCUGCAGUCAUAAGUAGCAACGUUUGGGACGAAAUUGAGGCAGCUAUAAAUGAAGAGUUGAAUCGUGAAUCGAUUGCUAAUGUGCAAAAGUUUUUACCUGAUGUUAUCCAAAAUGAUGCAGAUUUUGAACAAGCGAUGGCCCUUCUAAUAAAAAGUAACAAGGAGUGCUUUCCGGUCUAUGGUACAUCUUACAUCUAUAAUAAGCAAUUUUUAUCAAAUGCAAUAACAGCAUUGGAUGAUUUCAUCAGUACUCGUGCUAAGGAGCUUACUUUAAUGAGUGGUAAACAACAAAUUGGUAGAAAGCAAGAAAAAUGGAAAAGAUUUAUAGAGUUAUCAGUCAGACUCUCAGAAGAAGAACUAAUGAAAGAAAUACAAAAAUUUGUCGAAGGACCAAGGGAACUGGUAGAAAAUAUUAUUGACAAGAUACAAGCACAAGCAAACGCUUCGUUAAGAGCUCGAAUCGAUUCUUUGUUGCAUACUACGAGAACGAUAUCUGCACAAGAUCAGAAACGAUCUCAUUCAGAUCUACAAGCAACGUUAUCGAAUUUGUAUAACAAUAUUUGUAUUUUUGAAGAUGGUGCAGCCGCAUUUGAAGAUACAGUGAAAGCUAAUCUAAAGUUGUACCUUCUUCGAACUCUGUGCACACACUUUGCAAACAAUGUUCUAUCCUAUUUAUCAAGAACCGAAGAUGUUGAUACCCUUAGUACAAAGGCUCGUGAUGAAACAAUAGCAAGUAUAGAAAAUCCAGAAUGUCGUAUGGCUACUGAAAAGUUGUUCGCAGCGCUAUCUGCCAAAGAUUUGGGACUAUUUCAUGAUGCCGUAUUUGGAGUUUGUUCUUCAGCAGUUUGCGCUGUAAUGAUAAAGAUCCCAGAUAAAAAACUACGUAUCGAUUUAAUUAACUCAUAUGAAAAAGAACUAGGUGAUCAGUUACGGGACUGCACAGAUCCAGCUUCUGGCUUACUUUUAGCACUCCUGAUAUUAAUAACAAGAAACGAGAAAAUUGCUGUGCAUGCUUCUGGGAAAUUCGUCUCACAUUUGAUUGAAAAGGUAGAAAAACACCCAGGGACAGAUAUAGAACUCAUUGGAUUACUAAUAAGUUUUCAAAAGAUGGUUAUUACCAAUAUACAGUCAAAAGGAGAGACGAAUUUAACGGCAAGGUUGGACGAAAAAUUGCUAGCAUUAAAGGCAGCGGUGAACGGUUUUGAAUAUAUAGAAAACCCUAUCAUUGUUGAAGGAGAUUUUUGA